AGCUUACGCUGGGGGUCAGUGACGUCAUUCAAUAACACGUCACCACACGGAAGCUUUCAGAUCCAACCUGCGAGACGCUUCCUUUGGUCUGAUCAAAAAUGGGUGGCUUCUUCUCCAGUAUCUUCUCGGGCCUGUUUGGAACCAGGGAAAUGAGGAUUCUCAUCCUGGGUUUGGAUGGUGCUGGGAAAACCACUAUUUUGUACCGGCUGCAGGUUGGGGAGGUGGUCACCACAAUCCCAACAAUCGGCUUUAACGUGGAGACCGUGACAUACAAAAACCUGAAGUUCCAGGUGUGGGAUCUGGGAGGCCAGACGAGUAUCCGGCCAUACUGGCGGUGCUACUACUCCAACACGGACGCUGUCAUCUACGUUGUCGACAGCAGCGACCGUGACCGAAUGGGCAUCUCCAAGUCUGAGCUUGUGGCUAUGUUGGAGGAGGAGGAGCUGAAGAAGGCCAUCCUUGUCGUGUUUGCAAACAAGCAAGAUAUGGAACAGGCGAUGACACCGGCCGAGGUGGCCAACGCACUGGGCCUCCCCGCCCUCAAAGAUCGGAAGUGGCAGAUCUUCAAGACCUCGGCGACCAAAGGCACGGGCUUGGAUGAAGCUAUGGAGUGGCUGGUGGAUUCGCUGAAGAGUCGGCAGUAGAACAGAGGG